UCCUCCUCCCUCCUCCUGCUCCGGGCGGAGCCCGGCAUGGGGGGGCCGGCGCCCGACAGGCCAGUGGAUCCGGGACCCAGGGAGGGCCACCCCCCGGGCCUGGUGGCACUGAGCAGGGCCGCCCAGCCCCCACCUGCUGCCCCACGACAUGAACCUCCUCUACCGAAAGACCAAGCUGGAGUGGAGGCAGCACAAGGACGAGGAGGCCAAGAGGAGCUCCAGUAAGGACGUGGCCCCCGCAGGCCCGGCAGCGGGGCCUGGGGCUGGCGCAGGGCCUGGGGUCCGUGUACGGGACAUCGCCUCACUGCGCCGCUCCCUCAGGAUGGGCUUCAUGACGAUGCCCGCCUCCCAGGAGCACACCCCACACCCCUGCCGCAGCGCCAUGGCCCCACGCUCCCUCUCCUGCCACUCGGUGGGCAGCAUGGACAGUGUGCCGGGUGGACCUGGGGGGGGCGGUGGGGGUCUCACCGAGGACAGCAGCACCCGAAGACCCCCAGCGAAGCCCCGGAGACACCCCAGCACCAAGCUCAGCAUGGCAGGGUCAGGAGCAGAGACACCCCCUGGCAAGAAAGCAGGCUUACAGAAGCCAACCCCAGAAGGACGAGAGUCCAGCCGGAAGGUUCCUCCACAGAAGCCCAGGCGAAGCCCCAACACCCAGCUCUCUGUCUCCUUCGAUGAGUCCUGCCCCCCAGCCCCGUCUCCUCGAGGGGGGAACCUGCCCCUUCAGCGCCUCAGUAGGGGGUCCCGGGUAGCUGGGGACCCUGAUGUGGGUGCCCAGGAAGAAGAGCCUGUGUACAUUGAGAUGGUGGGGGAUGUCUUCAGGGGAGGAGGACGAAGCGGGGGCUUGACAGCACCUCUUCUUGGGGGUGGAGGCCCGACCCCUCCAGCUGGCACUGACUCGGACUCAGAAGAGAGUGAGGCCAUAUAUGAGGAGAUGAAGUACCCACUUCCCGAAGAGGCAGGGGAAGGCCGGGCCAACGGGGCUGCUCCAUUGAUGGCAACCUCCCCACCACAACAGCCUCAUGCCCUUCAGCCCCACACCCACCGCCGCCCAGCUUCAGCCCUCCCGAGCAGAAGGGACGGGACGCCCACCAAGACUACUUGUGAAAUCCCCCCACCCUUCCCCAACCUCCUUCAGCACCGCCCUCCACUCCUGGCCUUCCCCCAAGCCAAGUCUGCUUCCCGAACCCCUAGUGAUGGGGUCUCGAGGCUACCAGUCCUCUGCCACUCCAAGGAGCCAGCUGGCUCCACCCCAGCUCCCCAAGUGCCUGCACGGGAGCGGGAGACACCUCCCCCACCGCCUCCACCUCCUGCUGCCAACCUGCUGCUGCUGGGACCAUCGGGCCGGGCCCGGAGCCACUCGACACCGUUGCCACCCCAGGGCUCUGGCCAGCCCCGGGGGGAGCGGGAGCUCCCCAACUCACACAGCAUGAUCUGCCCCAAGGCAGUGGGGGUGCCGGCAGCCCCUGCUGCCCCAGCCGCCUUGCUCCCCGGUCCCCCCAAGGACAAGGCCGUGUCUUACACCAUGGUGUACUCGGCAGUCAAGGUGACCACGCACUCCGUCCUGCCAGCUGGUCCACCCCUGGGUGCUGGGGAGCCAAAGACAGAGAAGGAGAUCUCAGUCCUUCAUGGGAUGCUGUGUACCAGCUCAAGGCCCCCUGUGCCAGGGAAGUCCAGCCCCCACAGCGGGGCCAUGGGUACAGCAGCUGGGGUCUUCCACCACCGCGGCUGCCUGGCCUCCCCCCACGGCCUUCCAGACCCAACUGCAGGCCCCCUGACUCCCCUCUGGACCUACCCAGCUGCAGCAGCUGGGCUCAAGAGACCCCCUGCCUAUGAGAGCCUCAAGGCUGGGGGGGUGCUGAAUAAGGGCUGUGGAGUGGGGGCCCCACCCCCCAUGGUCAAGAUCCAGCUGCAGGAGCAAGGGACUGAUGGGGGUGCCUUUGCCAGCAUCUCCUGCGCCCACAUCAUCGCCAGUGCAGGGUCACCAGAGGAAGAAGAGGAGGAGAUGGGCACCACAACAUUUGGGGCAGGCUGGGCUCUGCAGAGGAAAGUCCUGUAUGGAGGGAGGAAGGCAAAGGAGCUGGACACAGAGGUUGAGGACAGUGCCCGGGCCUGGAAUGGCAGUGCUGAGGGUCCAGGCAAGGUGGAACGUGAGGACAGGGGCCCUGUGACAUCAGGGAUCCCAGUAAGGAGCCAGGGGGCAGAGGGCCUGCUGGCCAGGAUCUACCACGGAGGGGACCGAGCAGGGAGCCGCACAGCGCUGCCCAUACCCUGCCAGACCUUCCCUGCCUGCCACCGCAAUGGAGACUUCACCGGAGGCUACCGCCUGGGUCGCUCCGCCUCCACCUCCGGAGUCCGGCAGGCCGCGCUCCACACGCCCCGGCCCUGCAGCCAGCCCAGGGAUGUCCCGAGCCAGACCCACCCCGCGCUGCCGCUGCCGCUGCCGCUGCCACUGCCGCCGCAGCCGGCCCGCGAGCGCGACGGCAAGCUGCUGGAGGUGAUCGAGCGCAAGCGCUGCGUGUGCAAGGAGAUCAAGGCGCGCCACCGCCCCGACCGGGGCCUCUGCAAGCAGGAGAGCAUGCCUAUCCUCCCCAGCUGGCGGCGGGGGCCCGAGCCCCGCAAGGCCGGCACCCCGCCCUGCCGCCGGCAGCACACGGUCCUCUGGGACACUGCCAUCUGAGGAGCGCGGGAGGCCGGGGAGUGGACUGGGGAGCGGGGCGGGGCAUGCCCGGCUCUCCCGGGAGACUUGCCUUGAAAGACUGAAGGACCAGGGAGAGAGAGCCAGGGAGAACCCCUCCCCUCCACCCUAGUCCCCCAAGACGGGGACUCUGCCAAGCCUUUCAGCCUUGGGGUGCCAACAGCACCAAUAAAUCUGGGGGAGGAGGAGCGUUCGCUUGACGUUGGGGGUGAGUCACUCCUGCUCUCUCCCCACCAAGAGGUAGACUCCUUCUGAGAGAGCCGAGACCAAGCCAGAGGUCAGCAUGGGGAAAGAGGGAAGGAGGGAAGGGUUCAGGAGGAAGAAGGGGGGGUGGGACAAAUGAAGGAGAGAGACUAGAGUGAGAGGUAGAAGAGCUCUUUUAUAGAGUGGGGAGUAAGGGAGGGCUAUUUAUUUUGUUAUUUAUUUUAAUCUGGAGGGCAAUUCUGGGCCUACUCCUGAGCAGGGAGUGAAGAAUCAAGGCCAAGUUUCCACUCCCAAUGCCAAUGUCCAAAGGCCCACCAUCCACGCCCACCCCAAAGCUAGGGAGGGUCUGCAUGGGGAGUGGAAUGAGAAAAGGAAGGGGCUCAGGUAAACAGAGGGCAGAAAACUAUUUACAGUAUUUACAAUUUGCCAGAAUUUGGUAGUGAGCGUGGCCUGCUCUGAAACAGGCAUCUUACUUAGUUCUGGGGUGAGGGUCUAGUGCCAGGGAUGGGCGGGGUGAUGGGGAAGGAGGGAAAUUUUAGUGGGUGGGGGGUGGGCAGGGUAUUUAUUUAAAUCAAAAAACAAAAAAACAGAAGAGAUGUCAAGACCUUUUUUUUAAUUCCUUUCUUUUCAGAAUAAUAUAUUAAAAGACUAAUGAUCCUAGAGCUGGCUUCUUCUAUUUCACAGUGUACUCUGCCGUUCUUACUCUCGCUUCUUUUUCCAUCUUGCCCUUGGUUGGUGGGAGUUGCAGGUUCUGUGUAGGGGGUGAGUAGCUGUGGCCAGUAACAUAGGGAGAGGUGGAGUCUCAGGUAAGCCUUGGGGAAUGUCACCAUGCAGUGAAUCUGUAAGCAUUUAUUGAGUAUCUAAUGUGUUCUUAGCAAUGCACUGAUGUAGAAGGAAUAUUGAGACAUGAAGUUUGCCCUCAAGCACCUUAUAGUCUACUCAAGGGGAUGAAACACACAAGACAACAGUAGCCUAUGCUGCAGGAGUAAGAGAGGGAGAGGGCUGGAAUCAUCCAAGAAGGCUACCUGGAAAGUGAGCCUAAAAGGACAGCUGGCCGCUAUGGGCAUCCGAACCUGUGGCCUUGGUGUCAUAAGGCUGUGCUCUAACCAAUUGAACUAACCGGCCAACCCAAGAGAUGUUUUUAAGUGAUAUGAAGAAGAACAUUAUUUAAAACUUUAAUAGUUUUGUGUUUAUUUUCAUUCAUAUUAGAAAAGUUAUAACCAGCA